UACAGAUCAGUGUAUCCUUGCAGACUUAAGAGCCCACCCACAGAGGGGAAAAAAGUCCGUGUUUUCGAUGGCGUUUAUAUAAUGCGUGAAUAUAAAUAAAAGCGGACGGUUAGUAUAUUGUGAGAAAUCCAGUUUUAUUGGCAGUUCGAGCUACGUACGAAAUAUUAACCGACCACCAGAUAGGAGGACGUCGUUGAGGUAGUUAGCUUGGUAGCUAUUUCGCUAGGCUACUUGACAAAAUGGAACAUCACCAGGCAGCGAGUCGAUAUCAAGUGUUGCACAAUGAGGACGACCCCUCCGAAGGGGCCUCUAGUACUGACACCCCCUCCUGCACCCAGGAGGACACUCUUGCAGAACGUGGUGUGCCAGUGGACCCCGAGGCCCCACCUCCACCAUAUGCCAGCGUUGCACUGGGAGCCAGUGCACCUCCAGAAAAUGGCUUUCAGUGUGAGUUCCCUGUGCCACCCCCAUACAGUGUUGCUACCUCCUUACCCACCUAUGAUGAAGCAGAGAAUGCCAAAGCUGCAGCCAUGGCAACUACCACAGUGGGGGUGGUGCAGCGGGAGGAUGUUUUUCCACCUCGAGAAGACUUUAGUGAUGCUGAUCAGUUGAGAAUUGGCAACGAUGGAAUAUUCAUGUUGGCCUUCUUCAUGGCCUUUCUUUUCAACUGGAUUGGGUUCUGCCUGUCUUUCUGCCUGACCAACACUAUCGCAGGCAGAUACGGCGCCAUCUGUGGGUUUGGGCUCUCCCUUAUCAAGUGGAUCCUGAUCGUCAGGUUUUCUGAUUAUUUCAAUGGAUAUUUCAACGGACAGUAUUGGCUGUGGUGGAUAUUCCUCAUUCUUGGUCUCCUGCUCUUCUUCAGAGGUUUUGUGAGUUAUCUGAAAGUGCGCAACAUGUCUGAGAGUAUGGCUACAUCUCACAGAGCACGUUUCUUCUUCCUGUAUUAGAGGCUGUGGCACCUGUGAUUUCUCCUAACAAUCAACUUUCCCUGUGAUUUCAUCAUCUACAUUGUCUGCCAAAAAUGUACUCAAGGCCACUGGAACAGAAAGCAUUCACAUGUACAAUAACAUUUUGCUCAUUGAGUGAGUACAUGUAAUGCAGUUACAGUCUGUAAGUACAGUCUGUAAGUAUUUGGGCAGUGGUACAAUUUCUGUUAUUUUGCCUCUGUACUCCACCACAUUGGAUUUGUAAUUAAACCAUUAAUAUGUGGUUAAAGUGCAGACUGUCACUUAUGUGUAAGACAGGAUGUAAUCCCUUCAUGGAUUGCCAGAUAUGGAUGUAAAUACCCUCAAAUUAAUGAUGACAAUCUGCCUCUUAACCUCAUAUUCAUUGUUUCAAUUCAAAUCCAAUGUACUGAAGUCAAAAAUACUUACGGACUGCGCUGUAUUUGAUUGAUAUUUGGUUCUGCUAUUUGGUUCUGCUUAAUUCAUAUGAAUUACCAAAUCUAUGGAAGGUACAGGAACUGUACUGUUUAAUACCACAUUUUUCUUCACAUACUUAAUUCCCUAUUCCAUAUGAGAAUUGCCUGGUCAUGGUUCAAUAAUUGACUACUGAGUUUUCAGUUUUGGCUUUAAACAAUUCUCUUCUGUGAGUUCUUUUUUUAAAAAUAUUUAUUUUAUUGUGGGUAUGUAUGUUAAUUGAUCAUUGAGCCAAACUCGCAAGCUGCUUACGGGCUUCCGACAAUUUAUGCCAACCAAUGAGUGGACUAUUUGCAAAAAUGUUUUUAUUUUCUUUCUUAGUUGUGACUGGUUUGCACAAGUAGGAUAUCCAUGUCUAGCUUUUUCAGUCAGUUUUGGAAUUAAGCUUUUUAUUGCAUUUUAUUGGCCUUGUGCAAUGAAAAAUUUAUAAUGUUUUUAAAAAUAUCUUUACAGAUCCACAAAAGCAUAAAUAUACAUGGAAAUUUGACAUUCAGCCAAUGUGUAAAAAAAAAAAAAACGGCUUAGAAUAGUCGUGUCCCAAAACAUAGGGCUAUCGUACUGUAACUUAUCUUCAUAGCUAUAUCCAUGUGUUAUGCAGUGCUAGUUGUAGAAUGAACAAACAUAGUAAUGCUAGCUGGAUAUUUAACAGGUCAGUAAAUGCAACUUGUAAUGAUACAUUUGUUUAGAAAAGAUAAGUGCUUACAGCAGUAUAUUUGCAUGUGAGCAAGCUGUCUAUUUUAAUCAAAGCAAUGGCCAUAUUUCCACAGCUGUGUCAAUGCUGGGCAGGCACACCAGUGCUUUUUCCCCUUUGUGCUUCUAGGCUUUGGCAGUGCCUUGGGCACUCAAGCAUGCAUUUUAAUGCUUCUUAUCCGGUUGUGUGGCAGUAAAGGGUGUAAAAGAGUGGGAGUAUCAUAGUUGACACAUUAACAUCUUUUAAUGAGAUUAUGAUAUUAAGAAAAUGGAGGCUUUGCAUGAAAGGGUGUUCAGAGUAGCAUUGAUAGAUAGAGGACCAGUGGCAGACACAAAAAUGGAGUUUGAGUUUUUGGGCAUGGGGCUUUUGGCUUGACAUGGUUGGACCUAGCUGUGGAAAUGCAGUUGUGGCUGGUGCAUGCUCAAAUUAGAGAAAAUUCUCGUUUUCUUUAUUUUUAUAUGUUGCUAUGAUUCUUGAGUUACUUAUGGCGCUGUACUUAUUCCUGCAUAUAAUAAAUAUGUUAUUCAGCAUAUACACUCUGUGACCAUUUUAUUAGGUAUUUAUAAAAUUUAUUCUUUUUUGACGUAUUGGUCUUCUGCUGUGUAGCCCAUUCACUUCAAGGUUUGACGUGUUGUGUGUUCAGAAAUGCUUCUCUGCAUACUACUGUUGUAAUGUGGUUAUUUCAGUUACUGUAGCCUUCCUCUCAGCCUAAACAAGUCUGGCCAUUCUCCUCUGAUCUCUCUCACAACAGGGCUUUUUUGCCCAUGGAACUGGAUGUUUUUUGUUUUUCACACCAUUCUCUGUAAACUCUAGAGACUGUGCAUGGAAAUCCCAGGAGAUCAGCAAUUUCUGAGAUACAUUUUCUGAGACCACAUUCUGAUGAUGUGAACCUCUUGACCAUGUCUGUAUGCUUUUAUGCAUGAAGUUGCUGCCACAUGAUUGCCUGUUAUUUGCAUUCAGCUGGUGUUCAGGUAUACUUAAUAAAGUGGUCACUGGGUGUAUGAUGCAAAGCUGUUUGAUAACUGGGAAACUGGUAUUUACAUACUUGCCCCAUGAUAAUGGAAAUUCAUGUUUGAAAUGAAUGUUUCUGUGUCUUCAGUAGGCCAGGAUUAUUGAAGUUCAAACCGUAAUGGAACUAUUAAUUUACAUUUCAAGGAUGCAUUUUGAGAUUGAAUAAGAAACAGCUUAUUUUAUAUUGAUUCCUCUACUACUAUAUUUACAAUAUUUAACAGGAACUUGAAUUAUCAUUGGUAAUUUAUGUAUUUACUUAUUUAUUUCAAUGAAAUUGUAUGAUGUCUUUUGUGUAUUUGCAGUAAUGCUUAAAUUACUUUAUUGUCCCCUGCCCCAUACUGUCCUCCUAUAUGUGCUCUAUAGCAGUCUCAGAUCUUAGCAUUAAAAAUGUCAAAACAAGUGCAUGGUUGAUUAACUGGGUGAUAUAUCAAGAGUUUAGCUUUGUUGUCUUGGGUAAAUGUUUGUAAAACAUGAAGUUUUUAUGAGAACUAUCAACUUGAGAGAGACAAUCAUUAGCUUACUUGUAAUUUGUAAAAAAAGAAAAAAGAAAAAAGAAAAAAAAGUCUUGUAAAAUGUGAAGGUUCAGUGUGCCCUCUAAGUUCUUUAAAUGCAAUUGAAAGAGUUUACAAGAAUUCAAAGUAAUACCCAUCUAAAAUGAAAACAUGAAAUGAUCAUAUUACAAUGCUAUUACUGUAUGGUAGUGUUAUAUGUGUUUAUAAUUAUCAGUGAAAAGUAAUUGGAAUGUUUUGUUUUCUUCACAGUUGUUCCUCAUAAACAUAUAAUGAUACACAAACAAUACUCUGGUAUAUUAUAGUGUGCAGCUCUGUGCAGAGACUCUUGAAAAUUAGAAUGUCUGAAAUGUAAAAGUCACAAAGACUUAAGCUUCAGGUCAAAACACAUAAAACACACAUUUGUCAGUUCCACGACAGUGGAUUCCAAAUCCGGUGCUCAAGAUCGAGCAUAUUUUAUUUAUUGUUUAAUUUUGUAAUCUCAUUUUUCCUGAAAACCACAGGUGCCAAAAGUAUUGGAACCCAUAAGAAUUAUUGGAAAUAAAAUCAAACAAAGUGAAAUUGGGUAACAA